AUUUAUCAUUCUAAAAUAUAUACUCUUAUCUGAUUUAUAUUUUUAGACUUGUCUUAAGGCGAUUCUUUUUUGUGUUUGAUUUUUUGCAGAUAACUUUUGCUAAACUUUAUAAUAAUAUUACUUAAAAUGACAACAUCCCCCAUUGGUAAAAAGAACCAACAACAGGUUUGGAAUAUAGUUUUGUAGGAAUAACUGAUAGUUAAUGAUCAAAGUAUGAAGCUUGGGAUUUCUUAUGUAGCAUACAUUUACUUUGGGAUUAAGUUCAGUCUUGUUUCCUAUAUCAAGAAUGACAACAAAUCCUUUAGGAAAGCCCGUAAUUAACAUAUUAAAAGGAAGAGUGGUCACUCAUUAAAUUAAGAUGAAGAACUUAGAUGA